AUGACGUUUUGUAACGCGUUACGUCACGGUGGGCGGAAGUGGCGCUGGCGGCCUGGAGAGCGGCGGCUUCGGCAGGCCGCCCGCGAGGUCAACACGGCCUCGCUGUGCCGCAUCGGGCAGGAGACGGUGCAGGACAUCGUGUACCGCACCAUGGAGAUCUUCCAGCUCCUCCGGAACAUGCAGCUGCCGAAUGGUGUCACGUACCACACCGGCACCUACCAAGACCGCCUAACAAAGCUGCAGGACCACCUGCGCCAGCUGUCCAUCCUCUUCCGGAAGCUGAGACUGGUCUACGACAAAUGCAACGAAAACUGCGGAGGGAUGGAUCCCAUUCCCGUAGAGCAACUGAUUCCGUACGUGGAGGAAGAUGGCUCAAAAAACGAUGACCGGGCGGGCCCACCUCGAUUCGCCAGUGAUGAGAGACGAGAAGUCGCUGAAGUAAAUAAAAAACUCAAACAGAAGAACCAACAGCUGAAGCAAAUUAUGGAUCAAUUACGAAACCUCAUCUGGGAUAUAAAUGCCAUGUUGGCGAUGAGGAACUAAACUGAUAUUUAAAUUUCCUAUCCUGUAUGUGUUAUAUCAUUGUUUUUUCCCUCAAGUAUUUUUCCCAUUGAAAAAGAUUAUCUGCUUUUAUUUGAGUCGCAAAAAACUAAAGUUCCUAUUUUUACAUUGUAGUUUU